UUAGGGUUAACAAGUAAUAGGAGUGUGCAGUUUAUUAAAUUUAUGUUCGGCAGAUUUAUAUUUUGUUGUCUUACUUGGUGUUGCUGAAGCAGGCUUGACAGUUUUGAAAAGUAGAUUUUUUUUUAAUAUUUACUAUCAGUUGCUAAAUCACAAUGUCUGAAAACGCAGAACUUCUAAAUGAAACAAAGAUACAUAUUAGAUCAUUAUUAUUGUCUACACCAAAAGGGUUAACGGGACUGCAGUUAUGUCAAUAUCACCAAGAACAAAUUGGAACAGAGUUACCUUAUCGCAGAUUGGGUUUUGUCUCCCUUUCUCAGUUUUUAGACUCCAUUCCUGACGUUGUGAAACUAGUGUACAAUAAAUCAUUGCAAGAUUAUGUGUAUAAAGCUGUUGCAGAUGAGACAACUAAGCAUAUAGAAAAAAUGGUUUCAAGACAAAAGGUCACUAAUUCAGGGUAUACUAGUUCAUUCAAUCAUUACAUGAGCCGAAGACCCCCUCGAAUGAAGUACAAACCAAGUAGCAAUAUUUCAGUGCAGCCUAAGGUUCCAGCGUUAUUACGAAGACAGAUACAGGAACUCAUGAUCAGUUAUCCCAAUGGAAUAAAUAUUGGCAACUUUGAAAGUGCAUUUAUAAGACAUUUUGGGAUGAGUUUAAAUUGUAUAAUUUAUGGAUUUGAUUGUAUUGAGAAUCUUCUUAGGGAUAUUAGAGAUAUAGUUGUACUUGAAAAUACAUUAAAUGGCCUUCAAGUUAAUGCAGUUAGGAGGACAAAUGCGUCAAAAUCAAACUACCCAACUUAUGAAAAUGACAACCACAAAAGUGAGCUUAUAAAAAAACAGCACAAAUCUUUUGAAGAAGAUCAAAUUGGACAUGUUUCAGAAAUACAAAAAUUUUCUAAUGCUGAAACUCCUGUCACAUCAUGUUUGAAGGAUGAGAAUGUACAAACUGAAAAUCAAUUUAAUCAAGAUUUUUGCAAGAUCAGUGAUAAAAUGAAGGAAGACUUUAGUAAGGUAUUGGACAGUCAUAAAGAUGGAGUCAUGCUGACACGAUUCCCAUCUGAGUAUGAAAAAGUUACACAGCUUCAGCUAGAUUAUGAAUCUAUGGGCUAUUAUAGCCUGCUAGAAUUGGUGAGUGAACUUCCAGAUGUUUUUUUAGUCAGCCGUUCUCAUUAUGGUCAUGAGUGGACAUUGUAUGAUGCCAGGUACAGAAAAAUGGAUGACAUCAUCAGAACAACAGAUGAACAAUCAAGCUCAAAAGAAAAAAAGACAGUUACAGUGAAUCAAACUAGAGAAGAUAUAAAAAAUAAAGUUCUAAAAGUGAUACUAGCUUAUCCUGAGGGAAUACCAUUGAAGCAGUUUGAAGAUACUUAUAAGAUGAAUUGCCAAGAAGAGCUUCCUUGGAGGAAUGCUGGUUUCAGUGAUCUGCGAACAUAUUUAGAGACAGUGACUAAUUAUGCAGUAGAUGUACAGUGUAAGAAUCAAGGUCAAAGUGUUGUUUGUGCCCAAAGAAAAGAAUCAAGUUUAAAGUCAUUAUCAUCACCAUUGUUAGCAAAAGCAGAUUUGCUUUGUCUGGCUAACAAUACAGAAGUUACAACGACGUAGCUCACUUGCAAUAUCUCAGCAAGUCGAGAAAAUAAGAAGCUCUUUUUUAAUAUUCUAGCUUGUCCAUAUGAGUAAUUUGAGAUUCUAGUUCGUUCGAAACUAUAGACGUAGUAUUUUGACUUCACAAACAUCUAAUUUGAACCAGUGCUGCAUUCAGCAUAUCAUGUGACACACAAAAAAUCGA